AUGCUUGAUGAUGAUUUGGGGGUGUCUACGCACUACAUUAUCUAUCUAUGUCUGUUCAUAUCUAUCUAUCUAUCUAUCUAUCUAUCUAUCUAUGUCUGUUUCUUUCCACCAAUCUAUGUAUCUAUACCAUACAACCUAUACAUCCACCCCAAUUCGUUUCUAUCUAUCUAUCUAUCUAUCUAUCUAUCUAUCUAUCUAUCUAUCUAUCUAUCUAAUUUUACUGUUUCUGUCCCUCCUUCUCUCUCCCUCUAUCUAUUCAAUUUGCUCUUUUCUAUCUUUUUCUGUCUGUCUGUCUCUCUCUCUUUCGCUAUCUAUCGAAUUUUUUCUUUUCUGUCUAUUCAUCUGUCUAUCCAUCUAAUUUUGCUAUUUCUUAUCUAUCUAUCUAUCUAUCUAUCUAUCUAUCUAUGUUAUUUUGCCAUGGUCUAUCUAUCUAUCUAUCUAAUUUUGCUAUUUUUCUAUCUAUCUAAUUUUACUAUUUUCUUUCUACUAUCUAUCUAUCUAUCUAUCUAUCUAUCUAAUUUUUCUAUUUAUUAUCUAAUUUUACUAUUUACAUAUAUGUAUGUGUUAAAAAUAUAUAUAUCUAUGCAUAUAUAUGUCUAUCUAUCUAUCUAUCUAUCUAUCUAUCUAUCUAAUUUUGCUAUUUCUUUAUCUAUCUAUCUAUCUAUCUAUCUAUCUAUCUAUCUAUCUAUCAUACAGCUGUCUGUAUAUACUUACGUACCCAUGCCAUGCAUCGAUCAAUUUAAUUACUUACGCAUCAAAUCAGUACAUGAUAGAAUGUAUUAG